AGUCUCUCUAUGUCAUUGAGGCUGAUCUCGAAUUCCUGAGCUCAAGGGAUCCUCCCUCCUUGGCCUCUCAAAGUGCCGGAAUUACAGCCAUGAGCCACCGUGCUGGCUUCCUAUUACCUUUUAGCUGAUGUAGUGAUUCACACCAUGGGCCCCUGCGAGGGUGGAACCCAGUCUAGCAAUGAUUCAGAUACUGCUUGGAGGACGUGGGGAGAUGGUUUCAGCAGAACAACAAUGACGUUGUGGGGGGACCUCAGCUUAGUGGCAAAGGCCCCCUAAAGGACUGUAAGUGAGACAAAUUCCAGGGCAAAAGCUCCAAUGAAGACACGAUUCUCAGCAUUUGGAAACCUUUGCUUGUCAGCAAAGCUGGCUAUCCAGACCGUGUCAGUUUGCUGAAAGGACUAGCAUAGAAUUUUCUAGGAUUCCGGACCCAGAAGAAUGCUGUGCUGAUAGGCAGAGGGUGGGGUGAGGUAGUUCCCUUGGGCUGAUAAAUAGCACUGGCCUUGAAGCUUCCAGAACAAACUCUUUUGGUAAAAGAACAGAAAGGAAAUAUGUAAGUAUAUUUUGGCUCUUCAUCAUAUCAAGAAAGCAGACACAGAUACUAUGUAAAUGAAGGGAUGUUGGUUGUGUUCCAGUAAAACUUUGUGGACCCUGGAAUCUGAGUUUCAUAUAAUUUUCAUAUGACACGAAAUAUUCUUUUGAUGUUUUUCUAACCAUUUAAAAAUGUUAAAAAACAUUCUUGGCUCAGGAGCUGUACAGAAUCAGGCAGUGAGCAGUGGUUUGCAACCUCCUGUCUAGAAGCCUUCUCUGAGGUCGGGGAUGGGCCUUGCAGAUUUGAACUAGUCACUCUUCUAAUAAUUUCAGUUCUUAAAAAUGUAGUUCUGACUGGGUGCUGUGGCUCACAUGUGUAAACCCAGCACUUUGGGAGGCCGAGGCAGGAGGAUUGCUUGAGCCCAGGAAUCUGAGAGCAGCGUAAGCAACAUGGUGAGACCCAUCUCUACAAAAAAUGUAAGAAAAUUAGCCCAGCAUGGUGGCCCAUGCCUGUGGUCUCAGCUACUCAAUAGGUGGGAGGCAGGAGGAUUGCUUGAGCCUGGAAGGUCGAGGCUGUAGAGAACUGUGAUCACACCACUGCACCCCAGCCUGCGCAACAGAGAGACCUGUCUCAAAAAACAAACAAACGAAAGUAGUUCUGAAACAAGUUUCAAUCUUGUGUCUACUGUUUAAAAUAGAACCUAGUGUUAAUUUGUUUGCUCGUUUAGCAAACAUUAAUGGUCUAGUGGUUAAGAGCAGAGGAAACUUGUUGUAUCCUGGCUGUGGGACUUAGGGCAGGUGUCUUAGCCUCUCUGAGCCUCAGUUCUUUCAUCUGUAAAUAGGCAGGAAUAGUAGGACCUACUGCAUUAAUGAAAGAAUCCUGGUAAGACUUAGCCCAGUGCCUGGCAGAUAGCAUGCCCUUGAAGAAGGUUCACUAUUACUCUCUCAUGUCUGGUAAAGAGUUCGAGACUUAUGUACAAGGGUGGACGGCAAUGCUUAACCCUGCAUGGUAGGGGAGGCCCAGAGAAGUGAAGGAGCAUUUCCAAGGUCACAAGCUAAUAAUAAAUGGUAGAACUAGCAAACAGUGUGAGCGGCAGGAUCCUGCCAUUUCCGCGCGUCGCCCUUGCAGGGACUUGAGGGUAGAUUAAAUCCACUUUAUCUAGAGGCUUGCUAAUGGGAUUAAUUUAAUCAUUAGCACCUUUCCCAUGAAAGCUGGGGCUCUUGUAACUCCUCAUCCCUGUGUCUCAGAUUCUUGGGGAGACCAACAUUUUUGGAGGGCCUUAAAGCUGGGGCUCAGACCUCCAGGAGCUCAGAGUGGUACCAGCCUGACCGUUUUCUGUGAAUGUCUUUGGUGGAAACUCGCUGCUCAACAUGGAGCUCUACUUUAGAAGCCUAGAAACAAGCAUCUGGGGAAGACUUUUAAGUUUUUCUGAGUCCUGUAGUUUCUGAGUCUCUGCAGAGCUAGUGGAAAGGGCUCUAGAAGGUUCUGGAAGUCAAGAUUCUGAGUAGCUGCUUUUGAAUAGUGGAAUCCUCAGGGCCUUGCGAAAUGAAUGCCAAAGCCCCUGCAGGUGCCAUGACUCAGCAGCCCCAGGAGGACUUUGACAGGAGCGUGGAGGAUGCCCAGGCAUGGAUGAAGGCUGUGCAGGAUCAGCUGCAGGUCAAUGACAACACACAGGGGCCCCGCGAGGCCCUGGAGGCCAGGCUGCGGGAGACAGAGAAAAUAUGCCAGCUGGAGCCCGAGGGGCGUGUGAAGGUGGACCUGGUGCUGCGGACGGCUGAAGCCCUCUUGGCAUGCUGCCCUGGGGACCAGAAGCCCGAGAUCCUGGCCCGGCUGAAGGAUAUCAAGGCCCAGUGGGAGGAGACGGUCACCUACAUGACUCACUGUCACAGCCGCAUCGAGUGGGUGUGGCUGCACUGGAGUGAGUACCUGCUGGCCCGAGAUGAGUUCUACCGCUGGUUCCAGAAGAUGAUGGUCACACUGGAGCCCCACAUCGAGCUCCAGCUGGGCCUGAAGGAGAAGCAGUGGCAGCUGAGCCACGCCCAGGUGCUGCUGCACAACGUGGACAACCAGGCGGUGCUCCUGGACCGGCUGCUGGAGGAGGCAGCCUCCCUGUUCAACAGGAUCGAGGACCCCAGUGUGGACGAAGAUGCCCAGAAGAGAAUGAAGGCUGAGUAUGAUGCAGUGAAGGCCAAGGCCCAGGACCGGGUAGAUCUGCUGGAGCGGGUGGCCCAGGAGCACGAGGCGUACCAGGCAGGCGUGGAUGAGUUCCAGCUGUGGCUGAAGGCAGUGGUGGAGAAGGUGAACGGCUGCCUGGGGCGGGACUGCAAGCUGCCCAUCACGCAGCGCCUGUUCACACUGCAGGACAUUGCCAAAGAUUUUCCCAGGGGCGAGAAGUCUUUGGAGAGGCUGGAGGAGCAGGCUGUGGGCGUCAAUCGGAACACCUCUCCUUUGGGUGCAGAGAAGAUUACUGGAGAACUGGAAGAGAUGAGGAAUGUUCUGGAGAAGCUGCGUGCCCUCUUGGAGGAGGAGGAGGAGCGCCUGCGAGGCCUGCUCAAGUCCAGGGGAGCCUGUGAGCAGCAGAUUAAGCGCCUGGAGGCCGAGCUCAGCGAGUUCAGGACGGUCCUGCAGAGGCUGGCUCAGGACAGCCUGCAGCCUGUGGCGAAGGCCAGGACCAAGGACGAGCUGGUGGCCCACUGGAGACGCUACUCGGCAACACAGGCAGCGCUGGCCUCGGAGGAGCCCCGGGUAGCCCGGCUGCAGGCCCAGCUGAAGGAGCUCAUGGUCUUCCCCCACGACCUGCAGCCGCUGUCCAACAGCGUCGUGGCUGCCAUCCGGGAGUAUCAGAGCCUGAAGGGGAAGAGUGCCAGGCUGCGCAAUGCUGCCGGGGUGGAGCUGUGGCAGCAUUUCCAGCGGCCUCUGCAGGAUCUGCAGCUGUGGAGGGCCCUGGCCCAGCGGCUCUUGGAGGUCACUGCCAGCCUGCCGGACCUGCCUUCCCUUCACACCUUCCUGCCCCAGAUCGAGGCGGCCCUGAUGGAAAGCUCCCGCCUGAAAGAGCCGCUGACCAUGCUGCAGCUGAAGAAAGACCUCCUGAUGGGGGUCUUUGGCCAGGAGAGGGCCACGGCACUCCUGGAGCAGGCGGCGGGUUCCGUGAGGGACAGAGACCUGCUGCAUAACAGCCUUCUGCAGAGGAAAAGCAAACUGCAGAGCCUGCUCACUCAGCACAAAGACUUUGGGGCAGCUUUCGAGCCUCUGCAGAAGAAGCUCUUGGACCUCCAAGUCAGGGUCCAAGCUGAGAAGGGGCUUCAACGGGACCUUCCUGGAAAACAGGCCCAGCUCUCAAGGUUGCAGGGGCUUCAGGAAGAGGGGCUGGACCUGGGGGCACAGAUGGAGGCUGUGAGCCCUCUUGUCCAGGAGAAUCCCAACCACCAGCACAAAAUGGACCAGCUCUCCUCCGACUUCCAGGCUCUGCAGAGGUCUCUGGAGGACCUUGUGGACAGGUGCCAGCAGAGUGUGCAGGAGCACUGCACCUUCAGCCACCAGCUGCUGGAGCUACGGCAGUGGAUUGCUGUGACCACACAAAAGCUGGAGGCACACCAAGGAGACGUGGGCCCAGGCACUGCCGAGUCCCAAGAGGCGGAGUUUGAGAGGCUGGCGGCAGAAUUCCCGGAGAAGGAGGCCCACCUGUCCCUGGUGGAAGCGCAGGGCUGGCUGGUGAUGGAGAAGUCUUCCCCAGAGGGUGCUGGCGUGGUGCGGGCAGAGCUCAGGGAGCUGGCAGCGUCAUGGCGGGCCUUGAGGCUGCUGGAAGAAAGUCUGUUGAGAAACUGGCAUCUGCAGAGGAUUGAAGUGGAUUCGGGGAAGAAAAUGGUUUUCACCAACAACAUCCCAAAGUCAGGGUUUCUCAUCAACCCCGUGAAUCCGAUUCCCAGGCGUCAUCGACAGGUAGAUCUUCUCCAGGAAGAAGGGAGCCAUGAAGAUUUCUCCCAGCUCCUGACGAACUUUGAGCAGUGGUUGCAGGUGGAAAAUUCGAAGCUUGUUAGAAUCAUUGCAAUGAGAAUUUCUACAGCUGAAGACUUGAGGACCAGAGAAGCCAAGCUGCAGGAGCUGGAGGCUCGGGUGCCAGAAGGUCAGCAUCUCUUUGAGAACCUCCUUCGUCUUGGGCCAGCAAGGGGGACCUCGGAUGAGCUGGAAGACCUGCGCUACCAGUGGAUGCUGUACAAGUCCAAGCUCAAGGACUCCAGCCACCUGCUGACACAAAGUUCUCCAGGGGAGCCAACUGGAUUCCAAAAGAGUCGGCGGUGGCAAGGACUGGGCUCCCUCUUCCGGAGGGUGUGCUGUGUGGCGCUCCCGCUGCAGCUGCUUCUGCUGCUGUUCCUCCUCCUGCUGUUCCUGCUCCCCGUCAGGGAAGAGGACCGCAGCUGCACCCUGGCCAACAACUUCGCCCGCUCCUUCACGCUCAUGCUGCGCUACAAUGGCCCACCACCCACCUAACCCACUGGGGCGCACAGGUGACUUUCUUCUCCAACCUCCAUCUGUCCCAGGGCUGAGGAUGCCCACCUGGGAAACUGGAAACAGGGGCAGGCCAAAGACUGCAGAGCUAUAUUCGUAUAAAUGCUGCGUCAGCGUUCCCAGAACAGACUUACUUUUUAUACAGUGUCGUCUUAGUCUAUUUAUACUAAAUGUGUACUACAUGUGGCUAGGGAAUAAUGUAUAGAAUUUUUAUAUGAUCUGUAUGUAAAUGCUCAGUAAGUAUAACUUCAUAUAUGAGGUCUAUUUGUAGUUGAGAAAAUUCCCAGCAAUGUCUCCCUCCAAUGGGAUUUUGUGGUAUUGUUGACUUGGUCUGCAGGCAACUCUAGAAAGCAAGAACAAUAACAUGUCACUUUCAUGGCAAACCCUUCUCCAAACCCAAUGCCAGAACUUAGAUAUAAUGAAAAGCCUCUGAGCUGCCAUGCAGAAGAGCAGCACAGACCCUCAUUUGGAGCCCAGUGACUUGUUUUAUGCAUAAUGAGAGCGAGUAUGCUUGUCUAGUUUUAACAACCACAAAGAGUAGCUGCCACGUGUCAGAAGUAGAAAUGACAAUGACCAGAGGCAGGUACAGUGAUAGCAGUGACAAGUGACAGAGUGAUAUCAAGGAGAAAAAGAAGAGCCGCAGAGAGCAGACCCCCGAACUAAGAAAGCACAGCUGAGGGGAGGCAUCGCAUGCGGGAGCCCUAACCCCGGCUCUCAGCAGCCUCUGAUCACCGAGCCCCCGUGAAUGGAGAGAUCCUGCUCUGUGUGUUUCAUUCAGGGAGAAAGGGAUGAACACAGGUUUAAUUUUAAGACUUCAUGCAGAAUGGUGAGAUGCACUCCAUAAGCAGCUCCCUCUGGCAGUGCCCAGGAAAGACACGUUUCCUCUGUCACUCUUGGACUGAGUUUUCAUCGUCGAAAGCUCAAGCUGCAGGACAGAAGGGAAGCAUCUUCUAUGCCAGGGGCCGGGGAUCCAGGGGCCAGGACAGAGGUGAGAGAAUCUGCUUUGGAGUUUGGCCUGCCUGAUGGGCUCCACUUCCCCUUCCCAGAAGGGACUCUGGAGACAGCAGGUCCACAGGGCCAAGAAAGUCUCACGCACAUCCCCACAUGGGACUGGAGCCCAGGCCACCCAAAGCCAGGCCCUCUCCAGCCAGGUGUAGGUGAGCCAGGCUCCAUGCACCACCUGGGCUGGGGCCGCGGUGACUCCGUGUGUGUUCCCAAGGCCAGAAACUCACCCCUUCCUUGCCAGGGAACUCUGGAUAGUUCCUAACUGCUUUAUAACUGGACCAUGUUCUUCCUAAAUCAACACUACAUUUUCCCUUUAAAAAAGGGAAAAUAUUUACACAUGGAUUUUGUCUAUUCAACUGCAAAUAGGAGCUUCAGAGGGCAUUUCCUUGGGCCUUAUAUCUGGCUAUGGAAUCAUAAGGUAUUAUAGACCCAGAAAGGCCCUUUAAGUGGAGGGGUAACUGAGGCCCUAAGAGGGCCUGAUGCCCAACACUACUGCUCUCUUGCACACACUGACCCCUUGUAUUCCUCCGUGAGCUCUGCCCUUGUGGACCCUGGCACUGGGCAACGAGGACAUUCACGGGGCAGGAAACCCGUGCUGCCAAGGAGAGCCCUUGGGGCUGACUCAGAAAGCAUGCUUUUUUUUUUUUUAACUCAUCUGUAUUUGUUACAACCUUAAGCAGAAUAUGACAUUACAUUUCCAUCCACAGGCCUGGAUCUGAGUUAUCACUAUUGUUAUUAUUAUUUAUUAUUUUGAGACGGAGUUUCACUUUUUCCCAGGCUGGAGUGCAGUGGUGCGAUCUCGGCUCACUGCCACCUCUGCCUCCCAGAUUCAAGUGAUUCUCCUGCCUCAGCCUCCUGAGUAGCUGGGAUUACAGGCACCUGCCACCACACCCAGCUAACUUCUGUGUUUUUAAUAGAGAUGGGGUUUUACCAUGUUGGCCAGGUUGGUCUCGAACUCCUGACCUCAAGUAUUCCACCCGCCUUGGUCUCCCAAAGUGCUGGGAUUACAGGUAUGAGCCACCAUGCCCAGCCAAUUUUUUUUUUUUUUUGAACAGCUUUAUGAUAAGCUGUAGGCUUAUAAUUUUGCCCUCUAAACAAUUCUUUGGAAAACAAGCCCCAUGGACUCUCCAUCCUUCCAUCAAGUUCCUUCCAUCAGAUUGCUUCAGUUUAACCUGUUUCUAGAGGGCUAGUACAUGCAGAAUUGGCAACUACAGGGGGUAGAAAGGUCAAAAAGUAGAUCCUACAACCCUGUGGCUUGGUUUCCAAAUAUCUCUGGCAAACUGGGAAGAAGAGAAAGCACACUUUUCUCUAGGUAUUUGGUAACCAAGCCAUAGGGCCGUUCUCUGCUGGCGACCCCCUUACCAGAAAACCAGGGACUGAGUGAGCCAGGGCCUCAGGCCCAGGCAGCCAAGCCCAGAUGUCCGGAACCAGAAGUCAGAGCCAUGGAGUGGGGGCUUGGCAGCUUCCCACUCUCCUAGUUCACAGGUGAGAAAGCUGAGUCUAAGAGAGGGGAAGACACACUUAUCAUGGCCACACAGUGAGAGGCAGCAGGGCCAGAAGGCAGCAGGGGCACUGGCCACCAUGGCCCUCAGGCAGUGCCCUGCUCAUUGUGGUGUGAGCCCCCUGUGUCGGCAACUUCAGAAAGAAAACAGCCACUGGGCAUGUGUGCAGCUUGUCACAUACACCACACGUUGGGGGAGAAGAAGCUGGAACGUGCGGGCGGGGUGGGAAUAUCUACCUAUGUUUUUAAAUUUUUGAUAAUGAUGCCAUCAAGUCUGCUUGUUUGCAUAAUUGUUUUUUUAAAAAGAGAAUUGAUAUUUUCAGUACUUUCAUAUAAAUAUACUUGUAAUAUGACAUAA